UUUAACUCAAAUUAAAUUAACCUGGACGGAAUCCGGCUGAAAUACUCAACUUCGUAAAAAAUGGAUAUAAGAAAAGAUCAAGCGAGGUACUCAAGAGCAGAUUUGUUGGCACUACGUUAUGAAGGAAGUAGUCGCCAGCGCCCCCAAUGUGCUAAUCGAAAUGAACUGCAGACUUUAAAUUUUUGGAAAGUUAACGCUAGUGCAAAUGUCCCCAGCAACUAUGCAAAUCCAAAUAAAAUCAGCCUGUCCCCAGAGACUGAUAACUCCAGUCUAAGCAGCUCCAAUAAUGGAUUAAUAAGCUCGCGGCGCGCCAUGCGAAAUCGGGAGCGAGCCAAUAACUAUUAUCAGCGCUUUGCACCCAGUGAUUCCCACUCAAUGUGUAUCGAAGACAAGGAUAAAGAUACACAAUCGACGCAAAGCGUUCUGGGUGGUCCACCGUUCAAAUCGUCAAUCAUCGAUCAUCGGAGCAUAUCUUCAUCGCAUUUAAUGCCGGCAUUUGCCAAAAGACGCUUCGCUGUAGUCAAUUGCGGUAACGGCACUGAAAAUGAACCGAUAAACACCAAUUGUGACGAUAUUGCAGUCGGGGAGAAUGUGACUGUAGAGCUAGACCAUACCCAUGUAUCCACUCCCACGCACAACCAAAGCCAGAGCAAAGGCAUGAGCUCCCCAAUCAGAAAAGCCAGUGAAUGGGGGGAGAGCUGUGAGAGACGUUCCAACAAUGUCCAACAAGAUCAUGACCAAUCUCUGGCAUCUUCUCCGACGUUUUCGACGACUCGUCAGGAAAGGCGCAUUGGGAGUGGUCGACUUUUGCCCAGAGCCGAUAAUUGGGACUACAAAGGCCAACAGCAGUCAUCAUCUGGUAUUGAAAAGGAAAAGGAAAGAUCUCAGAAUGGAAGUGGAAGUAUUAACCAACAAAAUCAAAGCCAGAACCAGAACCAACAGCGCCCGCGGACGUUUAGUGGAAGACAUGGCGAUCGACUUACUGAGCAUAUAGGAGAUAGACGGUUUCAAUACGACAACAAAAGAUCUGUCGACAGGCAAGGAGUGAGCUCCCGCCGGUCAUCAAACAAGGAUUCUGGAUGUAUCCAAGGUCGGGGAAAGCGCACAAACAUGUACCAUCAGCAUGACAGGCACGAAGAACCCGAGUGGUUCAGUGCUGGUCCGACGUCUCAGCUAGAAACAAUAGAUUUGCACGGAUUCGACGAUCACGAUCACAAUGAUGAGCGCUCAGAGUUUGAAGACAAGGCGAAUCGAUUUCCGUCAAAGCCAAGUCAACUUGCUGAACCAAUUGUAGUCGACGGUGCUUCAACAAGUAGCAGCAUGUCCAGCCUAAACGUAGUCGAUGUGAAGACCAAGGACGACAACAAAGACACUGGGGAAAGUGUCAUUCAGCCCCAACUGGAACCUACCCAACAAAGCAAAAACCAUCAGCAAUCAGGCCGUUUACCCUGUACCUCAAACUCCGAGGGUGAAUUCAACUUCGAUGCAUUUCUCAACAUGCACCCCCUGGAUCCUACACUUAUGAGUAAUGAUGGCGAUGAGCAAGAUGAAACCAAGGGAACGUCUCGCUUUAGCCGGUGGUUUCGACCCAAAGAAGCUGCAAAUAAUAAUGAGCCAUCUGGACUUCGGGAGUCAGGAGCUCAAGAAACUCACGAUAUACCCAGUGUUAAGGACUUGGAAGCACAAAUGACUAAAGUGAACCUGCGUUCCGAGUACACGAACCCAAUAGCCGUGGCUUAUGGAGGUCAGCAAGCUCAAGUGGAAAAGCCAGUAGCUAGGGAUACUGAGGCCUUUAGGAAACUCCUGCAGCAACUGGGCUCCCAAAGCAACCAGCAUCAGCUGGGAAAUGACGUUUAUCAUAUGAUAAAUACUUCGAAUGCUCACCAGUGCGCCAAUCAAAAUACACAUCGGCCUCAUUUGAUCGAUCCUCAACAAAACAUACUGCGGGAUCACAGUCCUCAAAUUAAGGAAGAAGACACGGAGUUAUUUCAGCAACGCUUUAAGCAUAGUGACUGCAUGCCAAAGAGGAUAAAUGAGGCCAUGGUGCAGCAGCAGCACACCAUCCAAGGUGUCCACACGCCAAAUAUAGCACUGGCACAGAAGCGAAUGGAAGUUCACCAUUUAAUUCAAGGCAUUGCUCGAGGGGAUGUUUCGGUUGAGUUUUUGGAGAAGGAAUUGAGCAAUCCCAGCACUGUGCCUCACACAAAAGAUGUCAUUGCAACCGUUCUUCGGGAAUACUCAAGUAGUAGAAGAAAUUCUUUAGCCUAUAAGCCAGCAUACCCGAACGAAAUGGAUCACCACAGCUUGGCCCACCUAUCGUUUCAUCAAGCUCAGCCGCAACAUCAGAACUAUUCUGAUGACCUAUUCCCACAAAACUCGAGCAACCAUGGUAUAAGUCAGCAUAUUCGACACAGCAAUUCGCCCACUCCUCUGGCGUUCACACCUACGUCUGUGCUACGGAAGAUGACAGCUGAUAAGGAUACGCCUUACAAUCAGACACACCAGCAAUACCAAAUGCAUCCACAGAACACUAAGCUGCUUGCUCCAAACCCAAUUGGAAAUGAGCCACAGGCAAUGUCCGCUCAACCUCGCAUGAUACUAGGUGGAGGAAACUAUUCUAUUAGUCCAAACAGCCCGCAAAUGUCCCCAAAACUGCAGCAGUCUCGUAAUCUGCCACCGAUGAAAUGGGCUCAUGGUACGGUUCAAAUGCCACAAGGAAAAUCAUUUGGCCGUCCUAUUCUAAAGGGAAGUCUAAACACAGUACCGCACCAACUGACUGCAGUGCCGUUUGGAUCAAAAGCAGAGCUGCAACAGCAACAACAUCAGCUCCAGCAAAGGUUUAAACCAAUGCAGCCAACGGACUCAGUUUUGAACACUGAAAAUGUGAAUCAGAAUAUUCCUUAUUCUGACGGAAUCUCGCAAAUGCAGCAUCACCAUUACCUGCAACUGCAGCAGCAGUCACAUCAACCACUGAGACAUAGAGUAAUUCACGGAGCACAGAUAUCAUCGUCAAUUCCAGCUUGUCCCGACAUCUCGGAAUCUGGAAACUUAAUCAAAAGUAAUUACCACAGAGACGAUCGGUUGCCAUCUCCAACAAAUAAUCAAUUGGCUCAGUGGUUUUCUCCAGAACUUCUUGCCAGAGCUUCUGCCGGAAAAUUGCCGCUUUUAAAUAUGAAUCAAACCCUUAGUUUGGAAGAAUUUGAACGUAGCAUCCAACAUUCCUCGGCCGUAGUGCAUAACUAGGCGUGUAACGCAGCGCCAGCUGCAGAAGAACGCUUUACUAGAAAGCACAUUUAGUUGAAGGGUUCAAUCAUCAGUUUUUCUUUUAUUUAAUUCUUAUGUUUACGCAUACUAUUGUGUAUAGUGACAUAGAGAAGAGGACACGUACUGUCACCAAAAUAAUUCCUUAAGCCACUAAACUUCGGGUACACGUACACUCUGGUAACUUCAUAUAAAUUAUAUAAAGAAACUAAACUGUUUAAUGUAGUUAUUGAUUGUAGUUAAUCAUAUUGUAAAAUAUAUUUUACUGUAAAUAAUAUACUAAAUUAAUUAUGUAAGACUAUCAAAUACUGGUUUGAACCUAAACAAAAUAAACAAAGCAAGAAUGGUGUCUCAAAUUUAGUGAAA